UUGAAGGCCAUCGAUGAAUUCAAGCAGAAAAAGGAGGAGCGCGAGGAAACGCAGAACACCCUCGAGUCAUUCAUCUCCGAAACAGGUAUGCAACUGACCGAAGAAAAGUAUCGCCAGUUCGAAACCGAGGAAACAUUAAAGUUAAUUCAGCAGCGCUUCAAGGAAGCGAAUGAAUGGCUCGAGGAACAGACGGAAAAAACCGACACAAAGGAGUUCGAAGAUCAGCUACAUAACUUGCGUAACAUUACGUCUGAACUUUUCUACAAAUAUCACGAAUACAUGGUGAGGCCACAAGAUUUGCGUUGUAUUUAUUUUUUACGCUUGUUUUGUUUCAUGUUUAUUUUAUUGUUAAUAUUACUGGACUGAUU